AUGUCUAAUGCUCAGAAUAUCUCCAAACGCCUUCCCAACCUCGGGGAUCAUGCAUUGAUCGGAGAAUCUGCGAAGCUUCCCAUUAACGAUGCGACUCCCGUCAUCUCCAUGAGCCCGGUGGUGCUUCCAGCUCCAGAUCGCAUCAUGGACUUGCAUAUGCGUGUCUCUGCACCGGCAACUGGAAAAAAUAUCCCAAUUAUCCUGCUCUCACACGGUCAAGGCUCAUCCAACAAUCUCUCCUCUCUCAACGGCUACGCCCCGAUUGCCCACUUCUGGGCUUCUCAUGGCUUCGCAGUCAUCCAACCCACGCAUCUCAGUUCUCGGGCGCUUAGCCUCAGCCCCGAUGAGUACCCGGAAGCUCCUUGGUUCCUGCGGACUCGCGUGAUUGACAUGAAGCUCAUUCUCGACGAGCUUGAUCAGAUCGAGGCACUCUUCCCCCAGAUCCAAGGACGUCUUGACCAUUCUCGCAUUGCCGUCGUUGGCCAUUCUGCCGGUGGUCAUACCGCAAGCCGGCUCAUGGGUGCUCGAGGAAACGACCCUACCCAUGAAACAUACGAAGACCUCUUCGAACCACGCAUCAAAGCAGGUAUCCUCCUCGCAAGUCCCGGAGACGGCCGCGGAGGAGAUGGACUGGGUCCCGCUGCCGCAAACACCGACCUGAAAUAUCACAGCCACGCAGAGAUGAAAACACCCACACUCGUCGUUAUCGGGGACAGUGAUGGAUUCCCGUUCUUGACCACCCGUGGCGCGGAGUACCAUGCAGAUGGAUAUUAUUUCAGUAAAGGCCCGGGGUCGCUUCUCACAGUGAAGGGUGGGAAGCAUGGACUUGGUGGAGUUUCGGGCUAUGAUACUAGCGAGGCUGCUGAUGAUGAGAGCCCGGAACGACUGGCUAUGGUUCAGCGUAUGACUUGGGCGUAUCUGCGCAGUGCACUGUACCCUGAUGAUUCCGCUUGGUCUGCCGCAUCUGCGGCCUUGGAUGGGCUUCCUGGAUUGGGAUAUGUUGAGGAUAAGCUUCCAGGUCAAUACCAAUCUAGCUAG